CUCCGACGAUCAGCCAGCACCUCCAUAACCCCCCAACCGCUCGCCUUCCCCUUGUAUCUCUCAUUUCAAGCGCCGAAAUCCUCUCUAUACCGCCGUAAAAAGCUCCCGCUGACUCUGCACCAUGGCAUCGGGCUACGAUCGAGCUCUUUCAGUCUUCAGUCCCGAUGGACACGUCUUCCAGGUCGAGUAUGCGCUGGAGGCCGUGAAGCGAGGUACCUGCGCAGUGGGAGUCAAGGGCAAAGACAUCGUCGUCCUCGGUUGCGAGAAGCGGUCGGCAAUGAAGCUGCAGGAUACCCGGAUUACGCCCUCGAAGAUCUGCCUCGUCGAUACCCACGUCGCCCUCGCCUUCGCCGGCCUGAACGCUGACGCUCGCAUCCUCGUCGACAAGGCCCGCUUGGAAGCACAAUCACACCGUCUCACCGUCGAGGAUCCCGUGUCAAUAGAAUACAUCACAAAAUAUGUGGCCGGCGUGCAGCAGAGGUACACGCAGAGUGGCGGUGUCAGGCCGUUUGGUAUCAGCACGCUCAUUGUGGGCUUCGACCCGAAUGACAAGACGCCGCGGCUGUACCAGACCGAGCCUUCCGGUAUCUACUCGGCAUGGAAAGCCAAUGCCAUUGGGCGAUCCAGCAAGACAGUCCGCGAAUUCCUCGAGCGGAACCACAAGGGCGACAUGGACCGGGAAGAGACCAUCAAGCUGACUGUCAAGUCGCUGCUGGAGGUGGUGCAGACCGGCGCGAAGAACAUUGAGAUUGCCGUCAUGGCGCCGGGCAAAUCGCUUGAGAUGCUCCCAGUGGAGGACAUUGAGAAGUACGUGGAGAACAUCAACACUGAGAAGCAGGAAGAGGUAGCGAAUAGGAGGCCUGGGCGCACUCCAGGAACGGGCCAGGCGGCCAUCCUCACACGGCCGGCUGGCGAGGGCUCGGGGUCCGGAGCAUAGGGUGGGAGUGGACGCAGGGGGUGGGUUGGCGCAUGAAUAGCAUUGGCGUCCGGGUGAUAGACCUUUCGGGAUCUGUACUAUACAGAUACGUCCGUCUAGUGCUCAACAUAUGGCAUAUCUAGCGCACAUUCUCUCCCUCGCUGACCGCGGCGCUGCGUCUCCUGAGGCAUUGGCAUUAUUACGAAGCCUUUCCGCUACCCUUCUCCCUCGUUCAUCGAGUGCAUUCGCCCUUGCAGUUCUCAUCCCAAGCGGUCUGCGGCGUCUUUGACGUUGAAUAUUGACCU